AUGGCACAUCUCUUCCCAUGUGAGGAAGCACAAGCGCCAGAACCACUGGAGAAGACGAUCAGAGGGUCCAAACCCAGGGAUGAUGACAAUGCGGAGGUGACCUUUGUCGGAAUGGAGGGAGUCAGUGAGGAUGCUGAAAUCCUCUUUGUCAGGGUGAUUUCAAAUUCAAAGCCAGUCAUCUCAAACAUUUUGAACAGAGUGACCACAGACUUACCUUCAAAAAGAAAGAAAAGCCAUGUGGGGUGAGCUCCUGCCUGCGCGUUGCAGCUGGCAAAUGGGGCAUCAAUGGCAGUGGCUGUCUCACCAGCUUCUCAAUCUGAAUGGGGAGAAAUAGCUGGUCCUGCUAUGUUCAAGCCUUCAUCCAAAUCGGAUUCUAAAACUAGCUCCCUGCAAGUGGUGCUUCACAGUUCCUCAGAUUUGCUCUCUCCAUGGCCUUACUGUCUCCCUGGAGCUGCACUCCUGGUAGGAGGCCUGGAUGAAAGUCCUCGAGAUUCAAAGCAAUGUCUCACUUCAGAAGUAAAUAUGAAUGGCGGGGACCCCCAACCUAAACUCAGUGAUGGCAUCCCAGGGGGACAUUCUUCAGCGGUGGCCUCUUCAGGUAUGUCUGCUACAAAGAACGUGAGUACAGCCUUGAAAGGUGUCCUGUCAUCCAGCCAUAUUCGGAAUGGAGUGGCAUUUCCAUGGGCUCAUACAGGUGACCAGAUACGUCUCAAUCCCAUACAUCCAGACAGAGUGGGUAGCUUGGAAAGGCUGGAAAAAACAGACUUUUCAAGGCCAGCAAGUCAAAACAAGACUGCUGAUUCUAAGAAAGAAAAUCUGAUUAUGUUACUUCAUGACUUUUACUAUGGACAGCAUACAGGAGACAGGCAGCCAGAACAGAAGACACACACAGCCUUUAAAUGCCUCAGCUGCUUGAAAGUUCUAAAAAAUGUCAAGUUUAUAACCCAUGUGAGAAACCAUUUGGAACUUGAGAAGCAGAGGGGUGACAGCUGGGAAAUCCACACCACCUGCCAGCACUGCCACCGCCAGUUUCCCACUCCCUUCCAGCUGCAGUGUCUCAUUGAAAGUGUCCAUACUUCCCAGGGACCCUCCCCAGUCUGUAAAAUCUGCAAAUUGUCUUUUGAAACAGAUCAGGUUCUCUUAGAGCACAUGAAGGACAAUCAUAAGCCUGGUGAAAUGCCCUAUGUUUGCCAGGUUUGCAAUUACAGAUCAUCAGCCUUUGCCGAUGUGGAAACACAUUUCAGGACAUGCCAUGAAAACACGAAGACUUUGCUCUGUCUGUUUUGCCUCAGAAUUUUCAAAGCGGCAACAUCCUAUGUGAAUCAUGCUUGGAACCACUGGAACAAGAGGGUCUUUCAGUGUUCCAAGUGCCGGCUACAGUUUCUGACUUUGAAAGAGAAAAGCGAGCACCAGACCAAGAAUCACCAGACAUUUAAAAAGCCAGAGCAAUUGGCAGGGCUGCCUCCAGGAACACAGGUCAGGAUCCGGACUUUAGCUCAUUUGGGACCAAGAGGGGCAGCACCCACCAUUGAGAGCAAAAGUCACCCCUGUCACCUGAAAAAGCUAAAAGGGGAUCGCUACAGACACAAAAUUGUCCAGACAUGUUGCAAAGAGGGUUCUGUCUAAAAAUGU